AUGGACGAAGCCCGUGAUGGUGUGAAUGAGAUGGCUUACCAGAUGCAAAAGUUCUCAUGGGUCGACUAUGUAGUUUUUGUGUUCAUGUUGGCGAUAAGUGCUGUUGUGGGUGUCUACUGGGGCUUCAUGAAAAAGCAGACCACACAAAAUGAUUACCUCUUGGGCGGAAGGAACAUGAAAGUAAUACCCGUUUCAAUGUCUCUUGUGGCGAGCUUUGUUUCAGGCAUUACCCUACUUGGUUCACCGACUGAAGUUUACAUGCACGGGACUCAGUACGCGUUUAUAAUUGGUGGCAUAUUUCUAAUGACGAUCGUCAUGACCCAAAUCUAUUUACCCGUAUUUCAUGAUCUCAAAAUUACGUCUAACUACGAGUAUUUGUCAUUGAGGUUCGACAACAGAGUUCGCUUGUUUGGAUCCAUACUCUUCGCUUUUACGUUGGUAGGUUGGCUGCCGAUCGUAAUUUAUGUCCCUGCUUUGGCCUUCAACCAAGUGACGGGCGUGGACGUUCAUGUCAUUACCCCAAUAGUUUGUUUGGUUUGCAUUUUUUAUACGAGUGCUGGCGGUCUACAAGCUGUAGUAUGGACAGAUGUAAUCCAAAUAACUGCGAUGUUUGGGGCCAUGGCGUUAGUGGCGAUUAAAGGCACUUUAGAUGUUGGGGGCAUAGGCGUGGUCUUCCAGCGAAAUUUGGAUAGUGAGCGGAUCGAGUAUCCUAAUUGGGAUCCCAAUCCUACUGCCAGGCACACGAUAUGGAGUCUGGUAGUCGGGGGACUGGUUUAUUGGCUUCAAGCCAACGCCGUCAAUCAGACUAUGGUACAACGCUAUUUAGCGCUGCCCACGCUACGAAGUGCCAAAUGGUCCGUCUUUCUCUUUUGUUUUGGAAUCUCUGUCCUAUACUGCUUCUGUCUGUAUUGUGGAUUACUCAUUUACGCUCGUUUCUUCGACUGUGAUCCUUUGCAGACAAAGUUAGCGAAAGCGAAAGAUCAACUUCUGCCUCUGCUAGUGAUGGAUGUACUUGGUGAUAUUCCCGGUUUACCGGGGGUUUUUGUUGCGGGUAUAUUUAGUGCAGCUCUAAGCUCCUUGUCGACAAGUCUGAAUUCAAUGUCAGCAGUGGUUUUAGAAGAUUUCUAUAAGCCUUUUUUUAAGAAGCAACUUUCGGAAAAACAAACUAAUUGGCUGUUAAAAGGAGUAGUUAUACUCCUAGGUAUCAUAUGUUUAGGAUUGGUUUUCAUUGUUGAGAAAAUGGGAACAAUCUUACAGCUGACCAUGACUUUAGAAGCCAUGACUAUGGGACCUCAACUCGGAGUGUUCACUAUGGGUAUUUUGAUGCCUUGGAUAGAUGCUACGGGAGCAUUAGUGGGCGGUAUGUGCGGCCUGAUAACUAUGGCAUGGUGGUGUUUGUCAGCUCAGUUAGCAAUAGCGAGUGGUCAAAUCGUGCAUCCUCACAAACACCUUACUGUUGAUGGAUGCAAAUAUAAUUUUACGGUCACGGAGGCUACAACACCAAACCCUGUAACCGUCGAAGUUAGCCCCGUGUUACACGUAUCAUACAUGUGGUACACACUCGCCGGCUCCGUUAUCGCUGUCUGCGUGGGUUUGAUUGUUUCGCAAAUAAAUCGAAUGCGUGGUAAGGUCCAUGUUCUCCCCGCGCCAAAACUACUCGCACCGCAACUAAGGAGGCUGUAUAAAGAACCGCCAAAUCCCGGAGACGAUUCUUACAUAAGCGCAUACGGCGACAAAAAGGAGCAAUGUAAUAAAAGAUCUACCUCAAUAAGUAUGAAGCCUAUUAACAAGAUUGAAGAAAUUGGU